UUUUUAAAAAUGUCGUCCAAUGAUUACCGCUCAAACAAUCAACAUGGAACGAAUGAGGAAAUACAGUACUACAUGAGAAGAUUCCAUUCAAAUGGGCACCGAUAAACAAGAUGGCAAACUCAGGUAAGUACGUAUUCUACGACUGUAUUGUGCAUUUACCGUCUUUGUGCAGUUCGCAGCGCCACUUGAUCAUCUGUCUCUGUGAGCCAUAAUACGACAGUACAUUGGAUCAAAUGUCAAUCUUUGAUUUUGUCAGUGUAACACCAGGUUUAUUUUUUUAUUUCACCUUUAUUAACCAGGUAGGCUAGUUGAGAACGAGUUCUCAUUUACAACUGUGACCUGGCCAAGAUAAAGCAAAGCAGUGCGACACAAACAACAACACAGAGCCACACAUGGAACAAACAAACAUACAGUCAAUAACACAAUAGAAAAUAAGUCUAUGUACAGUGUGUGUAAAUGAGGUAAGAUAAGGGAGGUAAGGCAAUAAAUAGGCCAUAGUGGAGAAGUAAUUAAAAUUUAGCAAAUGAACAUUGGAGUGAUAGAUGUGCAGAAGAUGAAUGUGCAAGUAGAGAUACUGGGGUGCAAAGGAGCAAAAAAUAAUAAUAACGGUAUGGGAUGAGGUAGUUAAAUGGGCUAUUUACAGAUGGGUUAUGUGCAGUGAUCUGUGAGCUGUUCUGACAGUUGGUGCUUAAAGUUAGUGAGGGAGAUAUGAGUCUCCAGCUUCAGUUAAUUUUUAUAUUUUUUUAUGUGUAAUUUGUUCCAGUCAUUGCAGCAGAGAACUGGAAGGAAAGGCAGGUAAAGGAGGAAUUGGCUUUGGGAGUGACCAGUGAAAUAUACCUGCUGGAGCGCGUGCUGCUAUGGUGACCAGUGAGCUGAGAUAAGGCGGAGCUUUAACUAGCAAAGACGUACAGAUGACCUGGAGCCAGAGGGUUUGGCGACGAAUAUGAAGCGAGGGCCAGCCAACGAGAGCAUACAGGUCGCAGUGGUGGGUAGUUUUUGGGGCUUUAUUGACAAAACGGAUGGGACUGUGAUCCCAUCCAAUUUGCCUAGUAGAGUGUUGGAGGCUAUUUUGUAAAUGACAUCGCUGAAGUCAAGAAUCGGCAGGAUAGUCAGUUUUACGAGGGUAUGUUUGGCAGCAUGAGUGAAGGAUGCUUUGUUGCAAAAUAGGAAGCCGAUUCUAGAUGUAAUUUUGGAUUGGAGAUGCUUAAUGUGAGUCUGGAAGGAGAGUUUACAGUCUAACCAGACACCUAGAAUAUGUGGACAAUUACAAAUACUUAAGUCAGAACCAUCCAGAGUAGUGAUGCUGGAUGGGCGGGCAGGUGCAGGCAGUGAUCAGUUGAAGAGCAUGCAUUUAGUUUUACUUGCAUUUAAGAGCAGUUGGAGGCUACGGAAGGAGAAUUGUAUGGCAUUGAAGCUCGUCUGGAGGGUAGUUAACACAGUGUCCAAAGAAGGGCCAGAUGUAUACAGAAUGGUGUCAUCUGCGUAGAGGUGGAUCAGAGAAUCACCAGCAGCAAGAGCGACAUCAUUGAUGUAUUCAGAGAAAAGAUUCGGCCCGAGAAUGGAACCCUGUGGCACCCCCAUAGAGACUGCCAGAGGUCCGGACAACAGGUCCUCCGAUUUGACACACUGGACUCUGUCUGAGAAGUAGUUGGUGAACCAGGCGAGGCAGUCAUUUGAGAAACCAAGGCUGUUGAGUCUGCCGAUAAGAAUGUGGUGAUUGACAGAGUCGAAGGCCUUGGCCAAGUCGAUGAAUACAGUAUUCUCUCUCAUCGAUGGCAGUUAUGAUAUCAUUUAGGACCUUGAACGUGGCUGAGGUGCACCCAUGACCAGCUCGGAAGGAGAAAUGGGGGGUGCAGGGCUGUUGACAGGGUAGGGGUGGCCAGGUGGAAAGCAUGGACAGGCAAUCAGUUCACAUAUGUUGUCCAUGGCACAGCUGGGGGCAGAAGGUGGUCUGUAGCAAGUGGCAACGGAGAGAGACUUGUUUCUGGAAAGGUGGAUUUUUAAAAGUAGAAACUCAAAUUGUUUGGGCACAGACCUGGAUAGAAAGACUCUGCAGGCUCUCUAUGGUAGAUUGCAACUCCGCCCCCUUUUGCAGUUCUAACUUGUCGGAAAAUGUUAUAGUUAGUGAUGGAUAUUUUGAUUUGAUAGGCAAUGUGUGCUUUGAAAGUGGCUGGUCGUGUGCUAUCAUGCAAUGACUCAACUUUUCUACUGUCUUUUUUGGGGGCAAUGUCUGCAAUCUCACUGUCUGACUCAGUUGUAGAAUACUUUUUCUUUUCUUACACAUUUAUUUCCGCAAAGAAAUGUUAUGGUCAGUGCCAGGAAGCAGCAUGAAGGUAGUUGUAAAUCAUGUAUGUUAAAUUUGCACUAGGCUAAAUAUAGCCUUGACAUCAUGGUGUUGCAUGUAGCAAAUGACUUCUCCACAGAUAAGGAUAUCUCCUACUCUGACCUCAAGGCCCUUCUGGCCAAGAACAACUGCCCAGAAGGUUGAUGUACGGACCAAAGAGGAGGUAGACAGAGGACACAUUCCAGGAUCAAUCCAUAUUCCAGGAUACAGUGGAGAGUGCCCUAGUGCCCUAGCGCUGGACCCUGCUGAGUUCCAGGCAAAAUACGGGGUGCCCAAACCCCCCCUGGAUGCCCCUGAGCUGGUGUUUCACUGUCAGAUGGGCCGACGAGGAGGCGUGGCCACAGACAAGGCACGAGGCCUGGGAUUCCAAAAGUCCUUCAACUAUGCCGGAGGAUACCAGGAGUGGUCUGAGAGAGGGGAAAUGAGGUGCACGAUUAGCCUGCAUUGUGAAACCAAAGGAUUAAAAUGCACAAAUUAUGCUCACAUUUUGCUGAAACAUUUUUAUACUUUUACUUGUUUUUGUGUUAUACUUUAAAAUAAA